AUGGCCAAACUCACCACUUCCCAUUUCCUCAAACCCCUCCACACUCUCUCCCUCAGACUCACCUCCUCUCUCUCCCAACCUUCAAACCAUCACGCUAACCACAACAACCCUCUCCCAAAACCCACCCUCGCAACCGAACUCGCCUCACUAGUCCAACCCCACUCUCCCGCAAAAACCCAAAACCCAAUACCUCAAACUCGCACGCAACUCAAACGCUUCCUCCAACUCCGAAUCAAAAAACGAGUCAAAUCAAACCUCUCCCACAACGACGGCAAAUUCCACAACCUAAUCCUAAACGUCGUUUCAAAUCCCCAAACCCUCCAAGACGCUUACAACAUCAUCAAACUCAACUCCAACAUCAUCCCUAACAACCACCCCGUAACUGCUUCCGCAAAUAACGGAAGCGGUUAUUUCCUCAAUGACGUGGCACAUCAGCUUAACGAAAAUUCCAACAUCCUCACUAUCCACCCUGUAACCGUUUCCGCAAAACCCGGCGCAGAUAAAGGAGACGGUUAUUUCCUUCAUGACGUGGCAAAGCAGCUUCAGGAAGGUAGCUUCGACGCGAGUGCGAAUACGUAUAAAAUCUCCACAAGAAAGAAUCAGAAUCAAAAGAAGAAGAAAUCAGAGGAUGAGGAUUUGCUGACGUUGAUUCUACCGAAUUUGAAGCUGAGAGUUGUUCAAGAAGCGUUGAGGAUUGUUCUGGAAGUGAUUUUCAAGCCGAAUUUCUCGAGGAUAUCGCACGGUUGUCGGAGCGGUAAGGGACGUGCGGCAGCGUUGAAGUAUGUAUGUAAAGGUGUAGUGAGUCCUGAUUGGUGGUUCACUUUGCUUGUGAGUAAGAAAUUUGAUGGUUUAUUGAUGGAGAAGUUGGUUUGUGUGAUGGAGGAUAAGAUUGAGGAUGGUUGUUUGUUUGAUUUGAUUAGGAGUAUGUUUGAUGCUAGGGUUUUGAAUUUUGAGUUUGGUGGAUUUGCUAAGGGAGAUGGUUUGCCUCAAGAAGGGGUUUUGUCGCCGAUUUUGAUGAAUAUUUAUCUUGAUAUGUUUGACAGUGAGUUUCAUAGGUUGGCCAUGAAAUACGAAGGUGUACGCGGUGGUGGAGAGGUUGUUGAUGGAGAUAAGACGUUCUCGGCGUUGCGUGGUUGGUUUAGGAGUCAGUUGAAUGGUAAUGGUAGUGAUAAUGGUAGUAAUGUUGGUGUUGUUGAGAGUUCUGGUGUUAAAGUUUACUGCGUUAGGUUUAUGGAUGAGAUUUUUUUCGCGGUUUCUGGUUCGAAGGAUUGUGCUGUAAGCUUUAAGUCUGAGAUUGAGAGUUAUUUGAAAGAAUCUUUGAUGUUGGAUGUUGGGGAUGGAACUGAUGUGCUUCCGUGUGUAGGUUCUAGGGGUGUUCGGUUUUUGGGGACGUUGGUAAAGAGGAAUGUUGAAGAGAGUAAUGCUGUGAAAGCUGUUCACAAGAUGAAAGAUAAAGUUGAGUUGUUUGCUUUGCAGAAGCUCGAGGCUUGGAAUUACGGGACGGCUAGAAUAGGGAAGAAAUGGUUGGGUCAUGGUUUGAAGAAAGUAAAGGAAUCAGAGAUCAAACAUUUAGCUGAUAGUAGCUCUCUCCUUAGUAAGGUUUCUCAUUUUCGAAAGCCCGGGAUGGAAACUGAUCAUUGGUAUAAGCACUUAAUGAAGAUAUGGAUGCAGGAUGUUCAAGUGAAAAAUGCCAAAAGUGAAGAAAAUGUCUUGUCUAAGUUCGUUGGAGAGCCGGCUCUUCCGCAAGAGCUAACGGAUUCCUUUUACGAGUUUAUGAAACAGGCCGAGAAGUAUGUAUCUGCUGAGGCAGAUUCUAUUCUCAAGCUUUUGCCAAAUAAUAACAGCUUAGAAGAAAAAGUGAUUGCUAAAACCGAGAUCAUUGCUCCUGUCUAUGUCAUAAAAAAGCGCCUCGAAAGAUAUGGAUUGACUACACCAGAUGGAUUCCCGCGGUCUGCUAAUUUGCUAGUCAUGCACGAUACAAGUGAAAUUAUUGACUGGUUUUCUGGGAUUGCUUGCCGCUGGCUGAAAUGGUACGAGAAUUGCACUAACUUUAAUGAAGUAAAGCUUUUGAUAUCGGAUCAAGUUAGGAAAUCAUGCAUUCGUACUUUAGCAACAAAGUAUCGGAUACAUGAAGCCGAAAUAGAAAAGCGAUUUGAUGAAGAACUUAGCAGGCUUCUACAAGCGCAUGACACGGAGAAGGAGACAAUGAAUGAAGUAUCGGGUGUCGAAGUUUUUGACAACGACGAGGCGCUAAUGUAUGGAAUAGCGUAUAGCGGUUUGUGUUUGUUGUCUCUGGCAAGAAUUGUGACCGAAGCAAGACCGUGUAAUUGUUUUGUAAUAGGGUGUUCAGCUCCAGCACCAAGAGUCUAUACUCUUCAUGUAAUGGAAAGACAAAAGUCUCCAAGCUGGAAAACUGGGUUUUCAACUUGCAUUCAUCCAAGCUUAAAUAAACGGCGACUAGGGUUGUGUAAGCAACAUUUGAAGGAUUUGUAUCUCGGUCAUAUAUCACUUCAAUCCAUUGACUUUGGUGCAUGGAAGUGA